AUGCAACUAGGCAUCUUAGUUAUGGGGGCUAAGCAAAUAUUCGCACCACAAGCCCUAACAAGGCACGAAAUUUCGCGGCCAAAGAUCGCGGGCCCCUCUCACGAAGCGCAAAAUUUCGAUUGCGUGCCCCUCAUCCGUCCCGCGAAUCCCACGGCUCGACUCGACAGCUCGACGCAGACGACCACGACGAGCGCUCUGCGAACCCUUUAUCCCUGUCAACUGCCCAGCAUGGCUACCUACAAAGCCGCGCCCCCACGCGCGAUUGACGUCGACAGUGACGUCGAGGAGGAGUCCCUCGUCAACGACUACCGCGAGCAGGUCCAGUACGAGGACGGCGAGGAGCUCAGCCAGACCAACAGCGUCCCCCAGACCGACGACAUCCAGGCUCGCCUCGUCCAGGCGGCCCAACCCCUCGACUUUUCCGCGCCGCUCGAGGUCAAGUUCCAGAGCUACGACUCAUACUGCAGCUUGUUCCACUUCAUCCUCAAUUCGGACGGUCCCGUCGAUCUCGAGCCCCCUUCGUACUACUGGGCUUGGGACGUGAUUGACGAGUUCAUCUACCAGUUCAACACAUUUUCCUCGUACAGGCUGCGACUGGCCCGUCAGGCCAACAACGACGAGGAGCUCCAAAUCCUCAAGGAGAACCCCAACACCUGGGGUUGCUACAGCGUCCUCAACGUCCUGUACUCCUUGAUCCAACGGUCCCAGAUCACCGAGCAGCUGGCCGCCAUGAAGCGUAACGAGGAUCCCAUGGCCGUUGCUGGCGAGUACGGCUCCAAGAACCUGUACCGCAUGCUCGGCUACUUCUCCAUCAUUGGUCUCCUGCGCGUCCACUGCCUGAUGGGCGACUUCGGGCUGGCCCUCAAGACGCUCGACGACAUUGAGCUCAACAAAAAGGCCAUGUUUGCCCGCGUCAUGGCCGCCCACUUCACCACUUACUACUACGUCGGCUUCUCGUACAUGAUGAUGCACCGCUACGCCGAUGCCAUCCGCAUGUUCAGCCACAUCCUUAUUUACGUGUCGCGGACCAAGAACUUCCAGAAGAACGCGCAGUACGACUCCAUCACCAAGAAGAACGAGCAAAUGUACGCGCUCAUCGCCAUCUGCGUCGCCUUCCACCCCACCCGCCUGGACGAUACCAUCCACAGCGCUCUCCGCGAAAAGUACGGCGACCAGCUGCUCAAGCUGCAGCGCGGUGGCCCCGAGUCCCUCCCCAUCUUUGAAGAGCUUUUCCGCGCCGCCUGCCCCAAGUUCAUCUCCCCCGUCGUCCCCGACUUUGAGAACCCCGAGGCCAACCUGGACCCCGUCGAGCACCACCUCGCCGUCUUCAUGGACGAGGUCAAGACCAACAUGUGGAGCCCCACCAUCAAGUCGUACCUCCGUCUGUACACCACCAUGGACCUCCACAAGCUCGCCGGCUUCCUCGAGGUCACGCCCGACGAGCUCCGCUCGUGGCUCAUGGUCACCAAGCAGCGCACCAAGCAGCUGCGCUGGCAAGACCAGGGCCUGCUCGACGGCGAGCUCGUCAACGUCAGCGAUCUCGACUACGCUCUGCAGGGAGACCUCAUUCACAUUUCCGAGGCCAAGGUCGGCCACAUUCUACACGAGACCCUCGGAUGUAUACAUCCAACGCAGGCGGAUUCACCUCGUCAAAGGGUUAGGAGCCUGGAUCACAGUUCAGUGGAUGUGGGGGUCACAAGUCGACUGGGGCUGCAUGGCACUGGCGUCACGGAGUUGAGGCCUGAAUUUUCUGUCCUUUUUAAUAUUGCGAACCGGAGCAGGUGA